UAUCCAGCUUUCCAUUCCAUACUGUAACAUUUCUGAACCGCAGUUUGGGCCGUGUGGUUGGAAAAGUGAAAAUUCUCCCUCCGGGAAAGUACCAGUAGCACGAGAAGACUAACAACUGUUGCUCAUUCCGGCUUUAAAGCUGUGUGAUUGUUUAGUUGAUAAAUAAAUAAUGGAAAAGCGAAAUAUUGUAUAUUCUCUGUUUAUUGUAUCUAUAGCAGCGAGAGUGGAGAAGUGCCAAAUAUAAAUAAAUAGUGGAAUAGACAUUUUUAGGCACACUGAGCAUAAUCGUGGCCAUUGCUGUGUUUUAAGAUAGCAUUUACUUUAAUGGGAUUUACGGUGAUUUUUGUGUUAAUGCAAAAAGGUGUUAAAUUCGAAACAAGACAGUAGCUAUGUACAUAUACCCGAUCAUUGCACGUGGCUUGUGGGGUAGAAGCAUAUGAAACAUUUAUUAAGAGGCGUGAAACGGAAGUGUCUUGGCUGUGUAAUAAAAGGAAAUAGUGCUGAUGUGAUCACCGGUGUAUGUAGCUGAAGACAAAGUGGAUAGAUGAAUACAUAGGGGAGAGUGAGGACACUUGUUUCUUGGUGAUACCCCGGCCAUAUCACAUAACCUAUGAAAAUAUGAAGUUAUCUCAAUGUAUGAGAACGUAUAUGAUAAUCGAAAGUCAAAUCAAAUAUUACACCAUUUUCUGGGAAGGUCAUGAUUUGUUGGGUGUUGUUACGAUUGUCGUUUUAUAGGAGAGUUUAUUCGACAGUUCAGGCAGAUAAAUUUUAGCAAACUGCUUUUUGUAACGUCCAAAAGUUUCGACCGUUUGUUACGGUCUUCUUCGGUGGACACGAUCCUUACAGCUAAUAUCAGCAGUGAAAAAAACACUUUUUUGCGUUUUUUUCUAGAAAUGUGGGUGAAGCGAAUUAUUAAAAACUUUUAUAUAUUAUAAUUUAUCACUUCAAUAACAUUCUGUAAUUUUUCUAUGUAAAAAUAUCGGCAUGCGACUCGGCGACGAAGCUUUUGGUAGAACGUCUCUAGAAAAACACGAUUUGCAGUGUUAACUGCCAUUCAAAAACCACUCAACCAAUUUAUUUCAAACUUUGCAUACACAUUCUAUUUAAAAAAAAUACCUAACCCCUACAUCGAGAUAAUUUUUUCAGUAUUUCGAAAUAAAAAUUGCCAUUUUUACGAAAAAUUUGGCCAUUUAAUGAAAAAAAAUCCUUAAUUGAAAAAAUAUCUCGAAAACUCACAUAUGGGUUCGGUAUUUUUUUUACAAAGAAUGCAUAUGCAAAAUUUGAAAUAAAUCGGUUAACUAAUUUUUGAAUUGCAGUUAACACGCAAAUCGUGUUUUUUUAUCCAGAGACAUUCUACAAGAAGCUCCGUCACCGAGUCGCUUGUCGAUAUUUUUGCAUAGAGAAAUUACAGAAGGUUACUGAAAUGAUACAUUAUAAUGUACAAAAGUUUGCUCCACCCAAAUUCCUUAAAAAAUUUCGAGAAAUAAAUGUUUUUUAACGCAGAAACCCUUGCAACAAACACCCCCCUCACCCUUCCCAUUAUUCACUGAAUUAUUAGGAAGCUGAUAUUACCAGCUUCAACUCAGCUCAUCUGACAAAUUGCUCAUAUCAGCUACGCUAGUCGUAAAUGUUUGUAAUGCCCCCCCCCCAAAAUGUUGAAGAAAUUUGAAAAACAUGAACAUGUUCAAAAAAAAUUUAUAUGGAAUUCUCAAAGUUUCAUUUACAAAAGUUGUAGUGAAAAUUGACGACAGCCUCGACACCUACCGGUCGGCUCGUUGUGGAGGCUAGGUCUACCGCCGAGGACUACAACGAGUGGAUUGCGGCGAAGCGGAGAGCUAAAUGGCUCCUGGUAUAGUGACAACACUGGGAGCUUAUUGGUUCACGAAACGGACAUCGGUACCGAGAGAAAUUCCGCCACAUUCUGUAGUCCUUGACUGACGACGAACAAGGAGUGGAGAGUGUGUGAGAAGUAUCCCCAUAGCGACCACCAGGCGAUUCGCUACCAAUGGAACUCUGCUGCAGUACAGAGAAGGAAACCGGCAAGCUAAAGUGGAAGGCGAAACCUCUUUGUUGAGUCACUUCGGCGAACUACGGAGUCAAGUACGUUGAUGCGGCUGAUGUAACGAGAAGGAUUGUGAUUGCUUGUGAUGCUACAAGACCACGAAAACUGGAGCCAUGCAGUAGAUGGCGUGCGGCUUACUGGCUAAAUAAGUAGCUCAGUACGCUAUAUGCUGCUUGUCUUAGAGCCAGAAGGCAGGCUCAGAGAGCAGGAUCGGAGAGUGAGAGAGGAGUGUAAGUGACGUUUUGAGAAGCUAAGGACGCUUUAAUAUGGGAAAUCAAGCACAGCAAGCCAGUUUGCCUUAAGAGCCUGCCUGUGCUGCGAAGUAGACGCCAAUCCCUGGGGGACGCGUACUAUGCCGUCAUGACGAAGGGCCCGUCGAUACCAGCUGAAAUAUGCCCGGCUAAGCAAAAUAUAAUCGUUGAGGGUUUCUUUCCGAAGCACGAUUCAAAUACCUGGUGGUCACCAACACCGUAAGGAGAAGAAGAAGGGGCAUAUCUGCGAAUGUUCAGGAUGCUACUGCAGAAGUGUUUAGAUGACGGCAAUUUCCGCGAAAUGUGGAUGGUACAGAAUCUGGUGUUGCUGCCAAAGUCAUGAAAAUCGCUGGGCCAUCCAGCCUCGUAUAGGCCAAUGUCGCAGCGCUGCACAGAAGAAUGAACCAGAUCCUGAAGAGCUACUUCCAGAGUAGAGUGCUGCUGUACGAGACGAACGAAGGGCAGAAGUCAAUGCGAGUCGAAGCGGGCGUUCCUCAGGGUUUCAUUCUCGGUCCAACUCUUUGGAGCGGGAUGUGCGAUGGGGUCCUAACACUGCGGCUGCCUGGGAAAGUGAAAAUUGUGCGUUUCGCGAACGACGUGUCACCAACGGUUAUGAGUGAGACACUUAGAGAAGUGGAGAUGUCGGUGGAGGAGACAAUAUACGCGAUCGAGAGGGGACUAGACUAAGUAGACCGCUACGAGACACCAUCUGUCGCGGGUCAUCGGGGCACCAGUGAACCGGUCGCCCUGCUCCACCGGAAUCGCCGAACUGACUUCGGCUGAUUGGCUGUGUAACCCUACUGAAAGAACUAAUUACUAAGUAGUUGGAUUGAAAUGUGUGCUGUGCUGAUAAAAAACCUCUUUCCGAAGUAAUGCCGGGGAGGAAUCAGGUUUAGUGCAAGAGUAGUUAUAUUAGCGGGUCAGGUGGCUAUCCAAACCCGUUCCUUGAGUUGUCGGUUUUUGUGCAUUUUUCCCUGCUCAGAUUGUUUUUGAACAUUUUUUCUGCUCUCUAAAAAUUAUAUUCAUGCAUAUAUAUAUUGUAUAUAUACAAAAAAAUCAUAUCCCCCUCCGAAAAAUUUUCUUACUACGCCACUGCUGUUUUCACUCCUUGGCGGUUUUCACUCCCCAGGAGCCAUAAAGCCAUGAGUGAUAAAAUCAUGGAUUUUAAUGAUUUGUCAAACUAUGGUUCUUUCAACGCAUGCUCAUAGGAGUGAUUUUUCAAACACUUAAUGAAACUGGUCUCAUUCGCGUAUUACAAUUGUCCUAUUCAUAUACGAGAUUUCAUCGCCCUAAAUCAUUUCAUCAACGGCCAGUCGUUCAGGAUCGGGUUCAUCUACCUGCACUUCAUCGGGCUCUGCAGGUAGAGUAUAGCCGCAACGCAACGAGAUCGGCUCAGACAACGAGAGGUGACAAAUGCUACAACGAAAAGCGAGGGAUCGGUUACAUGGGUCACGAGGAUGAAGCGAUUACUUACGAAGUGAAGGUGAACAAUUCCGCCAACUAACCUUUACCGUAAAAAGAAACGCUACUUUAGAUGCGGUCGGCAAACGAUCACGAUUCAUUAAGACCGACUCAAAACUUUGGACACACUCGUGUUGUUGAAAACUGGUACAAACGUAGGAGUAUCUCACUUGGUGGUUGUUAUGAAUAAUGCGGAUACCACGUGCCAACAAAAAGGUGAGCAAUCAAAUGUGUUUCCGGAUCAUCUGCGUGAGAUGUUUGCUGUUGCCUCGGAAAGGCUAGACAGCAACCAAAAGGCUGAACUCAGUCAUCUGCGAAAUUAUGGGGACGCAGCUGAUUAACUUAGUCGCGGUGUUAUGUUAUGUUUAUUACUUUCACCAACAGGCCCCUUGGCCCCAAUGGUGGUUGCUUAAACUAAUUACAUUUUAAAAUUGACAACAUUUUCGCUUUUAUCGCAUUCCGCGUCCGGUUGAAGUCAAAGGCCGUCGCCACACUGUUAAAAAUUCGUUGGAGUCCGGUUACAGCGCUCUGGCAACCAUAGUUGGUUCUCCUGAACGGAACUCGCAGAAGGGAGUUAUUACGUAGAGCUCGAACGCGGGCUUGAAGAUCCAGACGUCCGAGGAUUGUAGGGCAACCCACUUUGGCAGAGAGUAAGUCCGAGACGAACAGGGCUCGAGAGCAGUCCCUCCGAAUGCUGAGUGUAUCGAGGUGUAUUAGCUGGCAACGGUUUUCAUAGCUCGGCAGCUGAAUUCUGUUUCGCCAUGGGAGAUGACGAAGGGCGAAGCAUAUGAACCUGCGUUGGACAGCCUCGAUUCUGUCAAUCCCGUUCUGGUAGUACGGAUUCCAAACAGCUGAACAAUAUUCUAACGUUGAGCGGACCAACGCGCAGUAAAGCGAUUUAAGACAAUAUACGUCCCUGAAGUUUUUCGCUAUUCGGAAGAUGAACCCAAGCUGUCGUGAUGCCUUAUCCACGAUGUAUGAAGUAUGUGGUUUGAAUGUUAAUGCCGAAUCCAUGAUGACUCCGAGAUCUUUGAUGUGAGAGUGUCUUGGAAUGCUCGAGCCGAAGAAAUGGUAGUUAAACUGAGUCGGUUGGCGUUUCCGCGUGAACGUGACGAUUGAGCAUUUGCUCGGAUUUAAAACCAUUCUGUUUAGAUCACACCACGUACUAAAGCUGUCCAGUUCCUUCUGAAGAAGUUCGGCAUCCGUUUUAUCCCGUAUUUGUUGAACAAUUUUCAUGUCGUCGGCGAAAGAAAGGCGGGGUCCUUGUAAUGUGAAAUUGACGUCAUUAAAGUAGAGGAGGAAUAUUACUGGACCGAGAUGGCUGCCUUGUGGUAUGCCGGAUGUAGCGAAGAAUGGUGCAGAUAGACAGUCCUUAAUGCUGAUUUGGAGUUGCCUUCCAUCGAGGUAGGAACGAAACCAGCGCAGAAGUUGUCCAUGAAUGCCGAGUUUGUCCAGCUUCGCUAUUGCGAUAUCAUGGUUGAUUUUGUCGAAGGUCGCAGAUAGAUCCAUAUAAAUAGCAUCGGUUUGCAAUCCGUCAGCGAAUCCAUCCAUUACAUAUGUUGUGAACGAGAGCAGGUUUGUCGUUGUUGAUCGUUUAGGCAUGAAACCGUGUUGGUCAUCUGCAAUGUAGUGUUUGCAGUGAAAGAAAAUAGGAUCUAACACAACCAGCUCGAACAGUUUUGAUACAGCACUUAAACUUGUUUCCUUUUUUAUGAAUUGGAAACAUUUGCGCUGCUUUCCAGCAGGAAGGGAAUGUACCAGUAGUGAGUGAUAGCUCGCGGUGUUUGAAAGACUCCGAACUGCCAACUUGUAGCUAAAUCCCAGAAAAUGCGUGCGUCCUCACAUGGAGUACAUACUGAUCCACGCAACAUAAACGCAUAUUUGCAAUGACCACGUCUUAUGGACAAAUCCUAGUUAAGAAGCUUCAUUGAAGUAUGCGCCUACUACAGGAAGUUCGUGAAAAACUUUACUUCAGUAGCCAAACCUUCGCGUCAACUUAUCGAAACACGUUCUACGUAUGAGUGGAAUAUGGAGUACAAAGAAUACUUUACGACGCUGAAAAUCUUACUUCUGCAUCGGUUUUAGCAUUUCCUGAUGUUCAGAUAUCGUUCAUACUGGAGACUGAUGCGAGUCAAAACGGAAUCGGAGCGGUUUUGUCACAAAUUUAGCAGGGAGAAAAAAGGUUAUAGCCUACUACAGUAAAUGCGUGUCGAAGGCCACAAGGAACUAAUGUGUAAUCAGAAAAGAUCUUCUCUAUUUGUUAUCGAGGAAACCCUGUUAUCACCCGGGGUGCGAACAGGUAGACAUUAUGGAGUUACCAAAACAACACUUAAAGUGAAGGAGCGAUUCUACUGACCGGGUUUCUCAACAUAUGUUAAAGUGCGGUGUUCACAAUGCAUGUGCAGCUCGAAAAGGUUCUUUCGCUUGAGAGGAAAUCUAGAACCGACAAUAGUUAGCCAACACAGUUCGGUUUCUCAUCUCGCUCAGUCCAGACGCUAGAAAUCGCUCCGCUGUUAUAGCAGGGCAAGUAAUCAAAUUUACGCGCGCGUCGCUUAGUUUAUUUACAAAGGCGAAAAUUGACUCCUUUUACCUAGUGUGUGAAACGUGAACAAACAAUGAGUGACAAUACAAAGUAAGAGUAUGUCCCGUUGCGGGCAAACUGUGUUGCUGUUGACUACUCGAAAUGUCCGGUAAGACCGUCAACUCGUGAAGUGGAGCAAAUGUUGAAAGCGAACAUGAAGCUUAACGUAGCAGAAGUUAAGGCGGUGCAAUUCCAUCAUUGCGGUACUGAUUAUGUUUAAAAACAUUAGUCAAGCAGAAUCAUUCGCUUCCCAGAACAUACUAGCGACACCGUUAUCAAAAAUCAAAUGUGGAUAAGGAUCAGCAAAAUUUGGACAAACUCCUACCACUCACAUUGUUGAGCUACAAAGCAUCUGUUCAUAACAGUACCAAAUUCACUACUGCGUUACUCAACUUAGGAAGAGCACCAAAGAGUUUUCCCUGUUGGCGUACUUGCAACAAAAGAUCGACUUCAUGCGCGAUGUCCAGGAUGUAGUCAAAUCGCCUGGCACCGUACCAACCGCAGAAUUUAGGACUAGUCGAGACGAUCAACCCAUUAGAGGGGGUUGUAUUGCGGAACCUACAUUUUCGUAGAGGGUUUUGAAUUUGACGGGUAUGAUACCCGUCAAAUAUAAUAAUCAAAUAGAGCAAUUAUUGAAGUUAUCAAGGUUGCAAUUAUUAAAGUUAUCAAGGCAUUCUUUCAAGUACUCCUGCCAAUUGACCGUUCCGUUACGAGACAGCGCGAUUUCGUCAAUAGCUGCCGUUUAUUGCGAGUUGUCGUCUUUUGGACUUUGUACGUGUACACGUUUUUUACGUUUUACAUAAAAGCUUUACUUAAAUGCAUUUUUUUUCGCCACGUCCCUCACCAAACUAUUGGGAUUCUACUUGAAAAUUUUGACUACCCGCUUGUGAUCCUUCAUACUAUGUGGACAUCCAUAUUGACAACUUUUUUCCUUCCUAUCUACACGACUUACAUUAGAUCAUCCUUAGUUUCUUGCUAUGGUGAAAAAAACAAUUUGUAUACACCGCUGAUAUUCUUUUGAUUCCAUUUUCAUAAUGAUUUCACAUUUUCUAGUGAAACUGUGUAAGUAAAUUGAAUAAAUUGAACUAAUUUACCCAAAAAUUGCAAUAGAAAACAUCCAAUGGAAACAAAGUUACACCAUUUUGAAAGUGGUGAAAUUUGAUUCCGUAUACCCCUUGUCAACAAGAAAGGGUCACUUUCAAUGUUGAGACGACUGGUUAUAAAGAUGAUGGCAAUAGCAUUUAACUCUCAACUCUUCUCUUGCUUCUUGUCUCCAUUUACAGCGUCGCCAUUUAGCUCUCGUCACAGUAAACCGUUUAGAUGCUGAUUCCAUGAGCCAUUUUGCUCCUAUUUCCGUGAUUCAUUCAGCUCCCAGCCAUUUAACGAUCUACUCGGAUAGUCCUCGGCGGUGAACUCACCCUACUCCGACUGAUAGUUACCCGACGGACGGAUUUUUCACAACACCGAUACCCGCUUCCCUGAACCAUUUAGCUCCCAGCUUUAUUGAUAUCUACUCGGAUAUUGUCCGGCGAUGAAACCACCCUAUUUUGACAGAGUUCCCCGACAGCGGAAUUUUUCUCAGUAUCGAUAUCUGUUUCGUGAGCCAAUUCGCUCCCAUUUUUGUCAUGAUAUAAUCGGAUAGUUCACUGUGGUGAGUCUACCUUACUGUGAAUUUCCCGGCGGUAGAUUUCUCCCGAUACCGAUGUUCGUUUUCGUGAGCCAUUUCGCUCACCACAUCGUUUCGAUCUACUUUAGUCACCGGCGGUGGACCUAGGCUGCUCAAGCCAGUAGGUGCUGAGAUCUGUCUAGCGUUUCCGGGUGAAGCUGGUGCCCGAACGACUCAAUGCUCGCUAUUCGAUGCGAUCUACUCGCUUCAAUGCCCGGCGUCUAUGUAUGUCCAGCCUACUCACGAGCGGCGAUUCUGGUGAAGCCUGGCGCCCCGACAACCCGAACUUUUACUACUCAACUGGUUCCCCCGUCAAUUUCUUCCGAACUCCGAUGUGUGGUUUCAUGGCGGCUUUCUAGCCGACGACGUUACUUUGUUGGUUCUUUCUCCACUUUCUCUGCAACUCGGAGUGUAUACUCGUAACUUUUCUGUUGAUAGUAUCCCAAAUAUGCUCAUGGUGGUACAUCACUUCGAUGAUAUUAUCCACUGUCACACUAUUGGCAUUUACCCUUUGAACUUCUUCGAAACUAGGGUAUUCGAAGAUCACGUGUUCCAGAGUCUCUUGCAUGUUCAUACACUCCGGGCAAAGGGGUGACGAAGCAUGUCCAAAUCGAUUCCGGUCCUUCCGGAAGCUUCCGCGCCCGAAAAAAACUGGGUCAAAUGAAAGUUUACCUCUCCAUGCUUCCUAUGCGCCCAGGCCGGUACAUUUGGGAUGAGUCGGUCUUUUUACCGCAUUGUCCCGUUCGUUUUGUACGCUCUCGCGUCGCGAACAGCCCUUAGGAUAAACGUGUUUGUCAACUUCGUCUAGCCAUACCUCAGUAUUGAGGAUGAGACAUCCGCCAGGAGACAUCUCGUGCUGCAUCCUGCUCCUCCGAUAUUCGGCAUGAUCCUUGUCAAUACGUUAGUUGUCCUCGCAGCCUUAUCGUAUACAUAGUCGACAUGGCUUAUGUAAUUUAACCGAUCGUCGAUCAUCACACACAGGUGCUUCAGCGCACGCGUCGAUGGGAUUGAUUAUUCCCCAACGCUCAACACAACAUGCUGGACUUUUUACGGUUGCUGUCCAGUACUACCUCCGUCUUGUGGUGAGUCAGCUGAAACUUGACGUCGCCUAUUGUCUCUACCGUCAACAUCUCCACAUCCCUAAGGGUCUCGCUGUUUGUCGUCAGGACAACGUCAUCUGAAAAACCUACGAUGUCAACUCCCCUGGGUAGUUCCAGUGUUAACUUCCGUUGUUUAUUAUAUUCCAGAGCGUUGGGCCAAGCAUGGAGUCCUGAGGAAUUCCCGCCCUGACUCUAAUCGACCUUUUUCCCAUGUUGCACAGAUAAUCCGGAACUCUGUGCAGUGCUACGAUGAUCGCCACCUAGCUGACGCUGUUGAACGCGUGUGUGUCUGUGUGUGUAUGUGACCAGGACCACAGUAUGUGAUCAGAAGAUUGUAAAGAGAUACUGUAUUGCUGAACAAUAAAUAAAUGCUAGAACAUGUUUGAGAACACGUCAUGGAAUGUAACAUUUGCCUCAUAUAACGAAACAACACGUUACUAUCAUGGAAAUUCAACGAAUAUCGAGAAAAUUGUUUCAACGAUGGUUCCUGUGUUUUUCGGUUUAAUAGGUCUUGCAGGGCUAAUUGGAAAUGGAUUAGUUGUAUUAGUGGUAGCCGCCAACCCCAAUAUGCGUUCCACAACAAACUUGCUCAUUAUUAACUUGGCAGCUGCCGAUCUACUAUUUGUUAUUUUCUGCGUUCCGUUCACGGCGACUGAUUACAUCCUUCCAGAGUGGCCAUUCGGUUCGACCUGGUGCAAAUUUGUUCAAUAUAUGAUAGUGGUGACCGCCCAUGCCAGUGCCUAUACUUUAGUGCUAAUGUCAUUGGAUCGCUUCCUGGCCGUAGUGCAUCCAAUUACCAGCAUGUCAGUUCGAACGGAGAAAAAUGCGGCGAUAGCAAUAGCAAUCGCGUGGUUUGUUAUAGUGACCACGGCAAUUCCAGUCGCUAUAUCCCAUGGGGUCUUGCACUAUCCCAGCAAAGGAGGUGAUUACACUGCCUGCCUGUUUCUACAUACGGAGGGAUAUAAUUUAGUUGCAUUUCACGUAUCGUUCUUUCUAUCAUCAUAUGUCGUUCCACUGACUCUAAUAUCAAUGUUGUACAUCGGGAUGCUAGCACGGUUAUGGAAAGGCGCACCAGGAGGUCGAGUUUCUGCUGAAUCGAGGCGAGGCAAAAAGCGUGUGACAAGAAUGGUAGUUGUUGUGGUCCUGGCUUUCGCUAUUUGUUGGUGUCCAAUUCAGGUCAUCCUUGUGCUGAAAUCCCUCGAGCUGUACGAAGUCACACAUGCCAGCAUUAUCAUCCAAAUCGCUGCUCACGUACUCGCAUAUACCAACUCAUGCAUCAACCCGGUACUGUAUGCUUUCUUAUCGGACAAUUUCAGGAAAGCUUUCCGAAAGGUGGUUUGGUGUGGAAAACCACCCUCGCUGAUGCCUCUCGGUGGCCCCCAGACAAAAACCACCCGCACCGGCAACGGCACAUCUAAUGCGGAUGUUUUGUGAGUAGAGAUGAGAGAUAGCAAGCUUGUUGAAAAGUACAUCGAAAUUAGUAGUUUGUAAGGCAGUCACCUGAACAUUACUAUGUGUUUAGCUAAUAAAAUCAUCCCAAACAGAUGUCCUAAUACAACUUAAAUAGUAAGUUUGCCAGUAUUUGAGAAUCGCACGAAAUGGUAAUAAGAGACAAAUUCGCGUCUGUAAUCAGUGCACUCUUCUGGGAAUCAAUUAAUUACACAAAACAAACAGUGAGCAGCUACAGGUAAACGAAACGCGAUUCGGAUGGAGGCGGUACGAAACGAAACGAAAAACUUCCAUUUUCUCUCAACGAUACGAAACGAAACAAUCUUUUCAUUGUAGUUAUUGUUCGCAACACGUGCUUCUAUUUUGACGAAAAUAUUUGCUAACCAUUGCGUAAUUUCUCGAACAUCUUUCGAUUCGAUAAAAUCUUUCCAAUUCUUAAAAAUAUUGUAGUUUAUGGUAAGUGGUCGGAUAGAUUCGGAAGUCGAAUAGUAGAGAUAAUUUCUUCAUUUAUUUUAUUAUAUUAUUACAACAUUUCCAAACUAAUAAUAUCCAACUUUGUCACACAGAUGGCGCUCAAACCUAUCUUUAUAGCGAAGUCCAAAUGACUUGACACAGAGAUCAGAUUUCCAACUCGAUUAUUGUAGUGGUGUAAAAAUUAACGGCUUAUUUAAAGAUAGAUGGAAUAUCCACCACAAGAUGCGGUACUAAGCUUGAAUUAACAGAGAUUUCAAAAUGAUAGACGCAGUUAUACCUCUAGUUGGGAUAUGCUAGUAGUGCGGCGCUAUCAAGUAUAUCAAAUAAUUAUAAAUUAAUUUUUCGAAGAUAGCAAAAUUCCAUGGGGUACUGUUUUUUAAAUCUUAGAUUAUACUAAAAAUGCGUUCUUUCAAUUUGUUUGAUGAAGUUGGAGUGAAACUAAUUUUGUUAUUGAAGUAAGUAUCCGUUCCUGAAUAAUAAUUUUUUGGCUAAAAUUCUUAAAAUAUGCCUUUCCUCCUCAUAAUUACUCCGAAGACGCAAAAUUUCGAGCAAUGAGAUUUUUGAGGUUAUAGGAAUUCGCUAUUUGUGAAAAUUUUCUACUAGAACUUCUGUCGCUGUAACUACAAGACCGAGUUUUCCCACAAAAUUGUAGCAGCACGCGUAAUUCACAAAUAUGUAUCAUUCAUUAUCACACAGAAGCAUAGUAAAAGAAGUCUUACUUUUGCAAUGGUUUUUGUCAAAAAUGCUGGUUCACAAUUGUUUAAUGGAUUUUUUCGAGAAUUUUGAUGAUAUUUGGGAAAUUAAACGAUUUUUCAUGGUUGUUUCGUUUCCCAAGGUUUUCGAAUAAACUUUUUUUUCGUUUCGAUUCGUUCCGACAAUUUGCAAAAAAUAAGUUUUCGCCCACCAUCAGCAGUUAGGCAUAGUACAAAUCACUUUAGUGAUAGUGAUUGGAAUAGUUGAACCAUCUAAUGCCGUUGUUAGCACUGAAAGGAGUUUGAAAUGUUGUUAAGGGCGUAAGUCUUCAUUCUCUCUUGUUUAUUUCUAUGAUUCAUGAUUGUAAGUAUAUUUUAAAAACUAGUUUUCUUAACGCAAAGUUUCUAAUAAUUGAAUCAAACUUAUAGAGUUUUCACACGUUUUAUUCGAUAUGCCGCGUUGAAAAGUGGAUUUAUAUUAUCUUCUAUGUUCAUCGUAUAGACAUUGUUCAAUACUAUGUAUUUUUUAAUAGCUAAUUCAUUUUAUUAGUCCAUCAUUUGCGAAAUAUACACGAUUUUGCUCAUACAUACGCCACUAUCAAUGAAAAUUUUGCAUAAAUUCACCUUGCUCAAAACCGACAAUAGAUCUACAAUGAUCAUAAACUUAGCCUGAAUUAUAAAACUCAUAAUCAUUAAUCUGCAUUAAUAAAUUCACAAGCUCACUUAAAUUUUCCUUAUAUCCAUCUAAUAUGUCUCAAUGCAUCGUUUUAUUUAUCUUAAUCUAUUUAUAUAACAAAUUAGUUUGGAGAACUGGGAGUAAGACGAACAUGUUAGGAAUAUAACAAAAAUAGAACAUUUUCUAAAGGACCUCUGAAAGCAAACAAAUCAGUACAGGACAAGCUCAGUUAAAGAAAUCUAGUAAAUCUUAAAAUUCAAUGCCAUAGUAAAAAAGACUGGUAUUCAAAAAUGAUGGGAAUGCGAUUGACUAGAAAAUGUAAUGUUGAUUAAUAUUUGAUAACUACUUAAAUAAAGUAAUUUUUUUAAAAAAAAGUA